CGAUAGGUGACAAGGUACAAUGAAUUACUACUGUAAAAUGCUGUCUGUUUCAAUUAUAUGUAUUAGUAGUACGUACGAUGUAGUAAUGUUAACACAGAGCUGUCACUGCUGUCUGUUAACCGGGAAAAAAAGUAAGUACGAUAGUUCGAUAUCGUGAAAUAGUUAAUUUUUUUCUUUCACACCGUGUACAAAAUGUCUAUCAGAAAUCUUGUUUGGAUAUUUUAUCUAGUUGUAUUUGAAUUCCAGGUUGCACCAAAUAUUUACACAGAGAUAAACUCGUUUCUCCAGAGUAAAAAUAAAUUCUGUUGCAUAAACCAUAUUUUAAAUUUUAUCUGUUGAUUAAAAUGUACCUUAUCAAGAGUUAAAUUACAGGCCCAUUUAUCCCAUAGAUAUAUUAUUAAUAAGUCUAUGAUUUAUCUAAGGCUUAUAGAUAUUAUCUAUAAGCCUUGGCAUUUAUCACGGUGUAACGAAUUUAACGAAUACAUUUUGUUAUCAAUGUUUUACGUGGUGAUAAUAGAAAACAUUAUAUAAUAUUAAUAAUUAGUAUUGUAUUAAUUAAUAGAAUUCCGAAAAAAAAUCCCCAAGUAUGUGUGUAAGUUGUUUUGGGGAUUUUUUUUCUGAUUAAUUAAUAUUAUAUAUUUUAUUUGUUUAAGUAAGUUUUUUUCUUACUGAAUAAUUUAAAUUAACAAUGAAUAGUUCAUUAGAAUGAUACAUCAAAUACAUCAGAUAUGUCUGAUGAAGAAACAAUUUUAGAAAUAUCAAACAUUAAUGAGCUUUCCAAAACCUAAAGUAAUUUAUGUAGGUAUAAUCCUUUAAAUAAUAUUUGUGAUUAUGAAUUUAAAUGUCGGUUUGAUAACCAAUAUUCUGGUAAUAACCUAAAUAAUAAAAAAUAUCCAUAAUUCUUAAGUACGAAUGAGUACAAAUGCAAUUGAUUCCAAAUGCCAUAAAGAUGAUUACGGAUCUUAGAAAUAGUUUGAUUAAAGCAAGAAUGAAAUACUUAUCAUUUAUAAGUUUCGAAAAAUUUUCUCUCAAUGUGUGAAAUGGAAUUAUGAAAAACUAAGUGGGACCAAUCAAUUUGUAAAGAUAUCAUAAAAUAAUAUAUUUUUAGAAUCAAAAUUGGAAAUGAUUAAUUUAAUUUAAUUGGAUUUACAAUGUUCUUUCUUUUUUAUACACUGUGACAAAAAUUUCUACCAGAAAUCUUAUUUCAGUACGUAAGUGUUGCACUUUUUUUGAAAGAAAAUAUUGUGAUAUUAACUAGAUGGUACUAAGGAAGGUUAUUUUUUGAUUUUCCCAGCAGGAAAACCCAGGAUAAAACGUAAGAAAAACGGAAAAUUUACAAAAAUAAUGCGUUUAUUAUUUUCAAUUUUGUUUUUUGUUGUAAUUCAGUUAAAAAUAUUCGUAGACUUGAAAUUUGGAGAAAAUUAUAAUUGCCUUUUCUUGACGUGGUAAAAUUUUUGACCAAUUUAGAGAUAAUUUAAUUUUGCGAGUUUUAUACGUCAUUUUUAUUCGGUAUGUGAAUAAAAUUGUUAGACCAAACAGAAAUUCUUGAGAAUUUAACAAAAGGUUUAUUAAAAAUCGUAAUAAGUGGUAAAAAAAAAAAAAUUAAGCAGAGGCUUAAAACAUAGAGAAUAUUGUUGAUCGAACCGCCUGUUAAACGAUGCUUAAAAUAUAAUUAUUUUAGACUUCAUUAUCUAACUUUUAUUAAUUAUUAUUAUUAUUAUUAUUUUAAUUAUUAUUUAUUUAAUGUGAACAAAAUUAAUUUAACUUCCUAAUUGUAAUGUUUUACUGCAUUUGUACAAUAUAUCUGCAAUCUUCUAAGCUAAUAUAAGUUGAAAUGACAUCAGACAUAAAGGUUUUAAGUUUUUGUGUUGAGCAAAACGGUGGUAUUCGAAAGUAAAAUUUGUUCGCGGCCACCCCUCCCCUCCAUGGAAUUGACUCAGACGCCCAUGAGCAAUUUAACGAGCAACGCUCAAAAUCGUUUUUUGUUGGCAAUGCUUAAAUUGGCUUAGGUACAGAUAUACAUCAAAUUUCCCUCAAUAUCCUACCUUCCCAACUUCUCAUGUAUAACAGUGGUUACACCCAUCGUGCGAAAUAUGUUGUCUUUUUUUCUCAGCAAUUGUUAAUAUUAAAUUUAAUUAUUUCGCCCCCCCCCCCCACAGUCAAAGUUUGAAGACGUUCAUGGCGCAGGUUGUGCGAUUUCACCCCUUACUUUUAGAAUAGGUCCAAUUGACCUGCUACAAUAAUGUACCAUUUUUAUAUAAUUAAUAUCAAAUUAUAUUUUUAUAUUAACAAUAUUGGUACCUAUUUUACAGUCAAUAAACAAAAUAUCAUUCUAUCGAGUAAUUGAAUAAUCAAUAAAUGUAUUGUGUAUUUUAUAAUCUACCAGACAUAUCAGAGAUACCUACAGAACACUAAUAUAGAUAAGUUUAUAUAGUCAAAAAUUGAAAAACUUCGAGGUUGAACUGUUUACGGUCAUUUUUAAGGAAACGUUGAAAAUUAUUUCAUUAAUAAAAACUUUACCAAUUAUAAUGAUGUCAAAUAAAAAGUUUUUCAACGCUCAAAAAUGUAAAAUAAUAUUUACGCAUUUCAAUGAGCGACAAUUAAAGGUUAAAUGAUCUUAUGGUGAUAAAUAUUGGAGAUAAAAAAAGAAGUAAAUAUUAAUUUAGAAAAAAACUGUAGAUACAUUAGCUAGACUUGGAAAUUAUCGGUAUCCAUUGAUGUAAAUAGCUGUUUUCACGGGGGUGGCGGUGGGGGGGGGGUGAUAUGGGGAAUGGAAUGAAAUCCGUCCAUGGAUAUUUUUCUAGAUAAUUUGGAGUUUCCUAUUUAAUUGAUAUUUAAUGAUAAUAAUCAAAUAAAUAAAUAUAAUCAAUAAACAUUUUUUUUGACUUAUCAUUUUCUACAAUAUUCGUAUACAGCACGAUUUAUGAUAGUCAAUCUACAAAUUGGUUGUACCACGCAUGAUUAUAGACUGUGUUUGUAUUUUAUAUGUCUGUGGCACAGAUAGAUUUCUGUGAUCUGUGAUUACAGAUUAAUAUUUUUAUCCCGAUUCGAGUUUUAUAAUUAGCUGCUGAGUUCAUAUUUACUUGUUUUUUAUCCUCAGGAGAACAAAAAGUGGCCGCUGGUGCGCACACUCCUGGUGGUGUAUUUCUAUCUAUGACAAAAUAUUUUGUCAUGUUUCUAUCAUAGUUUCGCAAAAUUAUAAAAACAAAGCACGUGUAUGUUGAAUUAUUAGUAAUUUUAUUGUGCCGGUUGACCGUGCACCGUCCAGAUGUUAUAUAUCGAUCGCGCUUUACGUAUGUCAGUUUGAUAACCACUGUUUAUCGGAAAAAAAUUCGUUAUCAUAUCGCCCCAGCAGCUACUUUUCGUUCACCCGACUAUACAGCAUAAUAUUGUAUAUGAUUUGAGUAUUAAAUAAAGAUACGGAAGAUAUGUAGCCGACUGAACAGUAAUUUUAAAUAUGAAUAAGUAAUUUAUGUAUUAUAAUUUUUACAUUUUACAUAUUUUCAGAUAAAAAACUGCAAAAUGUACAAAAGAUUGAAGACAAGUGAAAAAAAUCUGUGGAAUGUAAAUUGUAGAAAAAAAUGAAUGAAAUAAUUCAGAUGGGGCUAGCUGGCCAGAUUCACUGAAGAUCCAGAAACAACUUUUACAGCCUUUAAAAUAAAUACUGAGUAUAAAAAUUAAAAAUCAAAGAAAACAUAUAUACUCAAUUUGAAAAUAAUUAUUUAGUAAAAGUAUUGUAUGUAUAAUAUUAAUAUUUGAAGAACAAAAAUUAUAAAACAUAGAAAAUAUUAUGUAUAUGUGGUAUCCACAAAUUGAAAUUACUCAUUUCAUGAACUGGAUAUCCGGAUAGUGAAAUUCAUUCAGAUCAUGAAUUUUGAAUUUUGACUUAAAUUUAUUAUGAGGACAUCCAUUUCAUGAAAAAGACAAUAUAAAUCAGUUGUCUUCAACCUUUUUGGAAUUACAACCCACUUUUUUAAGCGUACAUUAUUCGCGACCCAUAUAAGGUAUACAUUCAAAAAAAUGUUUGUAGAAAAACAAAAAAAAAAUCUAAAACUACUUAAUACUUUGUAGUAGUACUGUUAUAACUGAAUAAAUAAAAAUAAAAAAAACUUUUUAACGGUUAUGUAAACAUGACUAGAAUAAUAACACAACAAACAUUUAUUCAUCUUUAAACAUAGCGACAACAUCAAUAAUGUUUGUAGAUUAUAGGACUCUUUAAUGAUAAUAAUAUAAUACAUUUAUUUUAUUACUAGCCCGGUUUACUUGUAAAUUAUUAUAUUUAAUGUCAUACUGCAUAGAAUCAUACCAGUAUAUGAAACAUAUACUGUGAUUUGAAAUCCAAUUAUACUAUUAUAUUUUUGAAUAUAAAUUAUAUAAUAUUGUUUAUACAUAAUAUAUUACAAUAAUUUUCAUUUAUUAAUUUUCUAAAUUUAAUAAUUAUACAACUAUUUGUAUACCUUAUAUAAUUGUAUAAACUUAAUUUUUAUUUUGAAAAGAAAACUUAUUGCGACCCAAUUUUUAAGCUUACGCAACCCAAAAAUGGGUCGCGAUCCACCAGUUGAAAACCAAUAAUAUAAACCAUAUGUAUAUUGUAUUUUAUAAAUGACAGUCUUAUCUAUUAAUAAAAAUAAAAUAAAAUAAUCAUGAAAGGAACUAUACCUCUAUUUUUUAUAUUUUUAUUUUAUUAAAAACAUAUUUAAUUGAAUGAUAACUAUUCCUAUAUAUUUUUCUUCAUUAUUUAUUUUUAUAUGACAAUCGAUUAUGACAUUGAUUAUCGAGCAUAUUACAUAGCAUAUUAUUUUUAAAACAAGCUCACCUAAAACAAAUAAUACUUUUCAAUAUCAAUAAAGAUAAUAAUGUUUUACUUGUGAUCUAUAUUAUAUGAGAGAGAUAUCAAAUACAAUUUUGUUAAUAACACAUCGGAUAUCAAAACAUAAGUUAAGAUAUAAAUAAUGAAUUUUUAGUACGAUAAAUGAUUAAAAAAGUUUCAGGAGGGCAAGAAUUUUUAUCUUGUUCAUGUUAGGCAAUAACUCCUUGCCAAUCAAGUAGAUGUGCUUGUUUUAAAAAUAAUAUACUAUGUAACAUUUGAUGUCAUAAUAAAUCAUCAUGUAAAAAUAAACAAGGAAGAAAAAUAUGUAGGUAUAGUUUAUUAAUUAUUAUUUAAGUUUUUUUUUUAUUGAAGUAAUAUUAUAUUAAAUAUAUUGUUAUAUCUAUUCCUUUUAAGUGGAACUAUAUUACAUUAUAUUAUUAUAUUAAGUCAUAUAUUACAAAUCACAGAUUUAAUUACAC